UGAAAACCCUAUUCACGUGAAAACGAAUGGGUUGAAAUUUUAGGGCUCAGUUUCCCCCCUAAAACACACAUUCGAUUAUCCCAAAAUUCACUACUUUCCCCAAAUUUCCCUCCAAAGAACGCUGAUACCGCUCCCUCAUCCCAUCUCUUUCGUUAGACACGACUGAACAACUUUUCUGAGUCCGGUAAGAUAAUAUGGGUGAUGAUGCUAAGGCCGACAGUAAAUCAUCCGAAUCGGAUAGUAGUACUUGGGAUUUCGGCGGAGAGGAGACUCAGAUCGUUGAUACUCAGUGUUUUGAUUCUCCAACUUCAUCGCCUGGUAAUAAGUGUAAUGGUGAUUAUACUGAGCAGAUGCACAUUCUACAAAGUACUAUUCCCUUUGAUGACACUGCCGUUUUGGAAGAUGAUUUUGCAACCCAGUUGAUGGACCCUGAUGGUGAAACCCAAGUGGUCAACUUCUAUGAUGAUACCCAAGUGGUGAACUUAGAGACUGAAAUUGAAGAGAUGGAUAUUCUUGAUUCUCUUGAAAGGAAUGCAACUCAGUUAUUCAAUGAUUCUGAUACGGAAGAACUUGUAGGUACUGAUCUUGAAGAUACUGAAAAGAUUGAAGUAGUGGACGACUCUGAUGAAGAUUCAAGUAGGAGAGAAUGCAAACAUACUCAGCAUACUUCAGGAGGUAAUUUCAGGAAUUUUACCUCAAUUCGUGCAGCAUCUAUGAGGGCUUCUGGCCUUGCAGCACGCAACAAGGCUUCUCAAAGAAACAAGUUGAAUGAUCAACCAGAAACUGGGAGUAGGUGUGGAUUCGGUAGGUCAACUGCAAGGAAACUUUUUGCUGAGGAGACACUUCCUGAAACUAAAGAGGGAAAUGACAAUAUUGACCUUUGUGGGAAAGCUAACUUGCCUUUGGAGACUGAUUUGGCAGGGUUAAACUAUCUUGAUUCUCAAGAACCUGGAGAGGCAUCACAACAAAACGCACUUGACUUUGUUGACAACUUUCUCAAAGUUAAUAUUGAGUGUAGUGAUAAACCUGACACUAACAAGUCCAGUGAACGCAAAUCAAAACCUGUUUUAAGUGCUAAAGGGAUUCAGACUUUGGCCAAAAGUUCUAAUCUUAUCAAUGCAGUUGGUGAAAUAGAGAUUUUUGAAUGGGAUAACACUCGUGAAGAUGAAGCAGGAGGAGAAUUUAUCAAAAGAAAAAGGGAAGCAUUGUUUGCUUAUGGAGGUCGAAAGCUGAAAUCUUCCUCUUUUUCCAAAGGUGGAAGGAAAUUGGAAGAGUCAAAAGGCAAAAAGCAAAUGCAUAGCCGUGCGAUAGUAUCAGGGUUAGCUUCCUCUGACUCAAAAUUGGUUUUGACUAAUCGGAAGCUAACUGGUGUUCAAGAAACAACUGAUGUAAGAUUUGACACUCAAAUGGCUGCUGAAGCCAUGGAAGAUCUAAGCUUUGGAUUGCAUACAACUGGUGAUGAUUCCACUAAAGAAGGUGAAAAUGGAAACAAUAUGCAAAAGGGUUCUCAUAAAAGUCAUAAAGCUCCACCUUUGACUAAUGGAGUUAGAACAAGACAGUCUAAGUUAAAGAGGAGUGAUGAAAAUGAAAGAGAAACACAUGACACAGUGACACUUAAAGAACCGAAGAGGGCUAAAUCAGCUGCUAAAAAGAAUGUUUCAUCUGAUAUUGGGAAAAGAGGAAAGUUGACUUUAAAAAGAAAAGAAGUUGACACAGAAGAAGGUCAACUUACAUCUGUUGACCAAAUCCCAGUCAAGAAACACUGUAUUCAAACUGUUAUACCUGUAGCUCGUAGGACUAGGCAGUCAAUGAGAGAUUACAAGUCAGAAAAAGUCAAAGAUGCUUCAAAUAAUCUCACAGAGGAGAUAAAUAUUUUCCAUCCGAAAGGCAAACGAACUUCCCGAAAAUUGUCAUCUGUUUCUAGAUCAACAAGGUCAAAAGCUGCUAUUUUGAAUGAAGAAGGAAAAGAAAGUCCAGGGGUAGAAGGGUCAGAAAGAGAAACAAUUGAACCAAUUGCUACAACAUGUACUACUCCUGUAAAUCAUGCAACACCUUUAAAGGAAUCAUCUCCAAUCUGCAUGGGAGAUGAAUAUCUUAAACAAUCAUGGAAGAAGAGCAGUUUAAGAUCUUCCAUUAUUCAAGAACCUGAUAGCUUAACACCCACAAGAGUGGAAUUUACAUCUCCAAUGAAAGAUUUGAGAAAGAGGAGAGACUUGUCUAUGAUUCAUGUUCUUUUUAGUCGCCAUUUAGAUGCAGACAUAGUCAAGCAGCAAAAGAAGAUUUUAUCACGUAUUCAUGCUUCAGAAGCAUGUUCAAUGUCAGAAGCAACACAUUUUAUAGCAGAUGAAUUUACACGUACAAGAAAUAUGUUGGAAGCAAUUGCCCUUGGGAAACCAGUAGUUACACAUUUAUGGCUUGAGAGUUGCAGACAAUCUCAUUCUCAUAUUCAUGAGAAAAAUUUCAUUUUGAGAGAUUUUAAAAAGGAAACAGAAUUAGGGUUUAAUCUCCCAUCUUCAUUAACACGUGCACGAAAACAUCCUCUUUUCAAGGGUCAUAGAGUCUUGAUUACCCCAAAUACAAAGCCUGGGAAAGAAAUAUUAGCAAGCUUGGUCAAAGCAGUUGGUGGUGUGGUGGUUGAGCGAUUGGGUAGAACUGCAGUGAAGGAUGAUAAAGUUCCUGAAGGAUUGAUUCUAUCAUGUGAAGAAGAUUAUGCACUCUGUUUGCCUUUCUUAGAAAAAGGAGCAGCAGUUUAUAGUUCAGAGCUUCUACUGAAUGGAAUUGUUACACAAAGAUUGGAAUACGAAAGACAUCGCCUCUUUUUGGAUCAGGUGAAGAGAACCCGUUCAAAAAAUUGGCUGAAUAAGCCCGUUAGUAAAGUGAAAUAGAUAUUAGUCUGAAUAACACUUGUCACUUGGGUUUUUG